AUGGGCCGCCUUCACCCAGUGCGGACUGCUGAGAACAUGCUGCUCCCCACGCAGGUCGAAAGGGUGGUCGCACUCUUGGCCUCUGGAUCAGCGCUACUUUUCGGCUCCAUGUUCGCUUCCCUCGUCACCAACGACUUGGCGGACGUCCGGCGCGUCCGGCGCAUGCAGAAGGAGACGGUCCACCAGGUCUCCGACUAUUUGAGCAUCUUCCCCAUCCCCUGGGAUCUGGAGAAGCAGUGCAAGGACUUUCUCCGGUCGAAGAUGGCCAGCGAGGCUCCUCCUUGCAAGGCGGAGAUUGCCCAGCUCUUGCCGGAAUUCUU